AUGACGGCUGACAGCAUGCUGAACCAGGCGCUGCUCGGGCAGGGCGACGAGAAAACCCUCGAAGUUCGGAGGGAUGCCAUCAAAAGGGAUGCCAUCCCAGUCUUAGCGGGCAUUGGCUUCCUCACGGUGGUUUUGGCAGGCUGCUUGCUGCUGCUGGCUCCCGAGCUCCUAACAAUGGGAGUUCUGGCAUACUGCUUGGGGCUGAGACACGCCGUGGAUGCCGAUCACAUCGCUGCUAUCGACAACGUCACUCGAAGGCUUACCACUGAAAGAAAGCGCCCCAUAACUGUUGGCUUCUUCUUCGCUCUGGGCCACUCGACGGUCGUCGUGAUCGUGUGCGCGUUGCUGGCUUUGCCAAGUCCUCGCGUGCACGAGGCUGUGAGGAGAGCAGAAGCCAGCGGUGGCCUACUUGGAGCUACCAUUUCUGGCAGUUUUCUGGUGGCCAUCGCUGCGAUUAAUUUCUUCCUCCUACGUCGGCAGGUGCAGUCCUGGAAAGAGCAGAGCAGAUACGGGGAGCACGAGCAUACAGUGGCUGGCUUUUGCAUGACAUGCUGUCCGGGCAUGUUCACUGGAAUCACAGCUCCUUGGCAGAUGUAUCCUGUUGGUAUUGCAUUUGGCUUGGGCUUCGAUACCUCAAGCGAAGUAGCAGUGCUGGCAAUGGUCGGCCUUUCGCACAGCCUUGAACACCCAGUCUUCAUCAUGCUGCUCCCCCUGAUGUUCUUGGCAGGAAUGUGCCUUAUAGACACCAUCAACGGGUUGCUCAUGGCCUGGGUCUAUGGAUCAGGGACCGAUGGCGGCAUGCAACGGCUGUAUUACAACAUCUUCUUGACGGCAACGUCAGCUGCGAUAGCUUUCACAGUCGGGACAUUGGAGCUGCUGGGUGUUUUUGCCCAACGCGAAGAUCUACACGGCGCUCCUUGGAGUUUGAUCGUGGAGCUCAACGACAACUUUGAGGUUGUUGGGGUGUUCAUCAUCCUUUUCUUUCUGUCCAGCGCUGCUGCGGCCUUUUGCUGCUUCAAGUUUGCUUUUCCCGGUGGGAAGGCACCAGAGCCAGCACGUGAAGAGCUUCUGAACUACAUCAGGAAGGGGGAAUUUAUCGACCGAUCGGGAGUUUGA